CUCCGCCAAAUAGAAAUGUCCCGCUAAGUUUCAUUUGCUACUUACUUUCUAUGAAGUUUAAGUAUUAAAUGCGGCAUUGCAUCAAGGGUCUAAUGGAAAUAGCCUCUUUGCUAGGAUUACAUUUGGGUUUUGUUUAGUCAAAGUAUAGUUUAAAUUUUUAAAUAUAGUUAUACACCAUUUUUCACAAAAAAGACUUGCAUAUUUUUCUUUUCGGUUUCUCCCACAAAAAGAUGUGUUUGUGACUAUGUAUGGACAGUUUUAUGUGGCUCAUAAUUUUCCUCUCCCCUUUACAUCAUUUUCAACGUUGCAGUUUUCACUUGUGCUAUGUCACACCGUGCACAUCUUUUUUGGGGUGAAAUAGGACUAAAUAAUUGUGAAUAUUAAUUUUCCAAAAGAAUACUGAGUUAAUAAAUAGAGAAGAGGUGUGCUAGGACGCAAAUUGGGAAGAGAGUUUCUUGAUACAUUGUUAACUAAGUUGCUCAAAGAAGGGGAUGGGUACUCAUACGGGGAUAGACUCGGGAAUGGGGAAUCACUAACAUUUCCAAGUUUUAACAUGUAUUUGGGUGUGGGAACGUCUCCAAGUACCCAAAUGGUAGUGUUUCAGGGUCGGGAAACAAAAUAAUGCAGCGAAAAAAGCACAAUAUGUUUGCAAAUGAGAGGGUAGACUAAUCUACAAAACAAUAUCUAGUAUUUGUGACAAAAAGUUCUAUUGUCAUGAACUUAGAGAGUCAUUAUGAAAUAUGAAUAUGAAAUACCAUUUCGUGGAACAUCUUGUAAAGAGUGUGCUAGCCAACCAACUUAAGUGCAAUAUAUACUCCAUAAAUUGCAAAAUUAGAGCACUAAGAGAAGAACAUUAUGUGACACUAAACUAUGAAAAUCAUUAGUCUCUGAAUAUGCCUUUCCUUUUGUGCAGUGCCUGGUAUAACUAGUAAACAAGUACGGUUCAAGGGUCUCAAAAAAAUCAAUACAUGCAUGUGUUAAGUAUAAACUGAAUCUAAAUGCCACAUUGCCCACAUCAAACUUCAUUUGCUUCCAAUUUGUUACAAAGUUUUGGUUAGUAAAUGCAAGUAUGCAACAAUGCAUUAAUGGUCCAGCAUACUUUCUAACCCCAAACUCCAAGAGAGGUGGGAUUAUACUGGGUUUUUGUUGUAGCCAAUAUGUGUUAGACUUUAAUGUCUUUCUUGUAUUACUGUUGUAUUGAAAAUGUUUAACAAAGGAUUGAUAUUAACCAUUACCUUUGUGCUCUCUGAUGCAUUAGCUUCCUUGUGGCUGCUGUUAGUUUACAAAGCUUGUGGAGCCUGUCGCUUCUUAUUGCUGAUGUAUAUGCUCUUUUGGUGAAACGAAGUUUUAGAAACAAUCGAUUUCUUAGACUAUUCACCAUUGGUGAUGGGGUGACAUCCACUUUAACAUUUGCUGCUGCUUGUGCAUCAGCUGGCAUCACAGUCCUAAUCGGUAAUGAUAUUGAUAAAUGUGCUGUCAAUCACUGCAAGAGGUUUAUGUCGGCGACAGCCAUGACAUUUUUUUGCUGGUUUUCAUCCUUCCCGUCAUACUUCUUCAAUUUGUGGUCUUUUUUUCACCAACGGUGUCGAUGAUCAUCCACUCUUUCUAGUUACGUGUCAAUGUUCAUAUAUUGUCUUGCAUUGUGUUGAUGAAGUUUUGGAUGCUUCUUACCCCCCACCCCAUGAAAAUUACACAUGGUUCCCUUUUGAGAGAAAGGGAUGGCUGUUGAAAGAAAUCACAAAGGGAUUGUUUGUUUACACUUUAUACCCAAGGUUUAAUCUUAUGUGGAAGAACAUGUUCUCUUCCGUUGGUCUGAUUAGAUUUGAUAGAUUUUAUUAAGAUUCGAGUUUCCCCGCGGAUCUCAAAACCCUUGGUCGUUCUUCUCCGGGGACGGAGGAGGGUUCCGGCGUUUCUUGCGAGCGGCAGCUCAAGGAUGCAUGAAAAAGACGAGAGCCGAUUCUCCAUUGACAAAAUGGCGGGCAGAUUCGUGAGAUGUCCGAGCGGGAAAACGGAAACGACGGUCGCAAAGUGAAAGAAACCAAUCCAGUCGUCGCUCCAUCUUCAUCAAAUGAAAGUUAAUUGGGCUUCAAUUUUCAGAAACUCCAGAACUUUCUUCAUCAGAGGUAAUUUCUCAACUCAAUUUCUUAGUAGCGGAAUUGGCUGGCGCCUCAAUCCAAGUGUUAUAGCGGCUUUUACCACGAAAAUAAAGGAUAGUGAAGAUAAUGUUAGGAAGACGAUUCAGGAGUUCUAUUUCCAAAGUCGCGGCUCCAGGUUUAAGCACGUCCGCAAGCUUGAUGAUGCACUUGCUUUGUACGGUGAAAUGGUUCGAAUUCAACCGCUGCCUUCUGAGGUCGAAUUCACGCAGCUGUUGAAUGCAGUGGUGAAGAUGAAAUGCUACUCUGAUGCCGUUACAUUGUUCAAUGAUAUGUGUCUUCAGGGUAUUCGUAUUGAUGGAUUAGUUCUCCACACUGUCAUGAAUGCUCUUUGUUCUUUGCCCAGAGUUGAUUUGGGUUUUGCUGUUUUAGUGAGGUUUAUCAAGUCUGGUCAUGUGCUUGAUGCUCCCAUAUUCAGCACAUUGCUGAAGGGUCUAUACCGCGAAGACAAGUUUCAGGAGGCGCACGAUCUGUUCCUGAAGAUAUUUGUUGAGAAGCUGUGUGAGCCUGAUGUUGUUUUGUUGACGACAGUAAUUGAUGGCCUCUGCAAACUCGGGUUCACUUCCAGGGCAUUGAAUUUGCUUCGUCUGUUCGAGAAAAAAGGGAUUUGUAGCCCUGAUGUUUUUGCAUAUAGCACGGUUAUUGACAGUUUCUGUAAAGAUGAGAUGGUGGACAAUGCAAUUGAGCUAUUGACAGAAAUGAUUGACAAUGGUAUUGCUCCAGGUGUGGUGACCUAUAAUUCACUAAUCCAUGGACUUUGCAAUUCUGAUCGAUGGGAAGAGGUUGAAGUGAUGUUGAAACAGAUGGCAGACUAUAGGGUUGCUUUCGAUGUGCAUACAUACAACAUUUUAGUUGACGGAUUCUGCAAGAGGGGAUGGGUAAAAGACGGCCUGAAAGUCAUAGAGACAAUGUUUCAAAAUGGAGUGGAACCUGAUGUGGUCACAUAUGCUGCAUUGUUGGAUGGGUAUUGUUCGCAGGGCAAAAUGAAUGAAGCUGAAAAACUAUUGAAAAACAUGAUACAUUGGGGAUGCAAACCUGACAUUUUCACUUACGACAUCUUAAUGAAUGGUUAUUGCAAGAAUGGGAAUGUGGAUAAGGCCAUUCAAGUAUUCCAAAGUCUUCCACAAAAAGGGUUGAAACCUGACACGGUUUCCUACGGUACCAUACUUGAUGGUCUAUUUAAUGUUGGGAGGUUCGAUGACGCUAUGAACUUUCUUAAUGUCAUGGAAAGUAGUGAGGGUAUAUGUCCGAAUAUUGUUAUCUACAAUAUCAUUUUGGAUGGUUUCGUUAAGAACAAUUGUGUUUCUCAUGCGCUUGGGCUUCUGAGCACGAUGGAAGAAAUGAAAGGUUUGAUUCCUGGUAUAAGGUCCUAUAACAUUGUCUUGCAUGGACUGCUUAAAGAUGGAAACUUUGCUAGUGGAUUCAACCUAUUCAAUUCCCUCCCUUCUAAAGGUUUGAAGCCGAAUGCCAUGACCUAUGGUAUCAUGAUAAGUGCACUCUGCAAUGACAACCGGCUAGACGAUGCAAAAAAUGUGCUCAGGCAAAUGGAGAAAAACGGUUGUGUGCCUAAUAGUUGUACCUACAACGUACUGAUUCGUGAAUUAGUAAAAGGGAAAGACCAUAGUGGGGCGGUUUUGCUAUUGCAGGAAAUGAAGAGCCAUGGGUUCUUGCCGGAUAAUACGACUUGCGAGAUGAUAUUUAAGUCCAUCUCAACGGAUGGACCCGGGUCGGAUCUUCUUCAUAUGAUUCAAAACAUUGAAGAACGGUCAUAAUUUGUGGGAUCUAAAUAUGACUAGAUAUGCUCUACGCUUCUACCCAAAAUAGUCCCUUAGCUAUUUUGCUACACAAAGUUCUUGCAAGUGAUCCUGAACCCAAUUGACUAGAUAUGCUCUAGGUUUUGUGUACCUACGCUGUGCGAAACAGUUGUUCUUCCUGCACAACACUAAAUUGCUUCUUAUAAU